UAUUUUAAUCCUCGAAGUGAUCACUAAACUCGCCUUGAAUGACGACAUUCUAGGAACUCUUGGAGCCUAUCAAAUGUAAUAUUGAACUGCUAAUAGUCGACUAUAAUGUUCCUAAAAGAAGCAGGCAACCAACUCGAAAAAUUGUGUCAGAAGUAUUGAACAAGGAAUUUACUUAUAAACAUUACUGCCCACUAAGUACCUUUUGAGAAUUAUUGAAAAAGUAUAAGAAGUUUAUUACAACCUAAAUUAAUAUUAAUAAAUUUCGAUCUGAUUUUAAUCUACAACAGAUAGUUUCAAGAAUGGCUGUAUCAUCGGAAAGUGUUAUGAAUCCUGGCCUUAAUGACCCUGUAACCAAAGCAGUAGUAGAUAAUAUAAUGGGAAAUUUACCUACAAAGAAACCCCUUGUACGCUGUGAUGAUUGUGAUCUUUCAUUUACUAGUCAAACAGUAUUAGAUACACAUUUACAAGGGGCACGUCAUGCUAAACAGAUUAGAUCAAAAAAUAUAAUGGCAUCUCUUGAAGACACCAAAAUAGCAUUUACAAAAGAUGAAGAAACAAAUGGAUUGAAAUGCAAUGUGUGUAAUGUGUGUCUAAACUCAAUACAACAACUUCAAACACAUUUAAAUGGGAGCCGACACAAAAAGAAAGCCAUGAGAGGUGGGAGGGCUGGCAAAGAUGUUGGCAGUUCGGUGACAUCGACAACCACAAAUGUUCAAGAAAAUACUGCUUCUAAAGGUGUACUUUCAUGCGGUUUGUGUAACAAAAUUUUUAACUCCAUGGCACAAUAUAACGUGCAUAUAACAUCCAAAAAACAUACUGGAAAAUUAAAACAAGCUAAAACUCAAAAAAAGAAAAGAUUUUUUCCAUAUUGGAAAAAACCUAAAACUGGCGUAAAUCCUAAAAAUCUUGUUCAAUCAUUAUCAAAUAAUUUUGUAUCAGGAGGUUUCACAAAUCAGACAUAAGAAAGUAAUGUAAUAAAUUGAAUAUAUUAUCUAUUUUAAUAAACAUAUGAAUUAUUUAGAUA